UUAAAAGUCUACCUGUAUACCAAAAAUUGAUUUUAAAGUCUCUUUACUAAUUGGCCGGCUUUAAUCCGAUAGGAUUAAGUAUAUACAGUGAACACUUGUUCAAAUCAUGGGGAAUGCAAUUCAUUCUGUCGAUUCAAGUCGCCUAGAUAAUCUCGGCCUAUUUCCUCGAAUAAUCCCGUUUUUGUUACUCAAAGCUAUUUCUUUAUUUAGAUAAUUGCAGAUUCAACCAAUCCAAACUUGUUCCCCAUUUGACCCGAUUUAUUUACCCACCAGAUCUUCCACAGGUUUUACCAAUUUAGCCUUUGAUUUUGACUUGACAUCACUAAAAGUGUCUACUCACUGGAUCCAAUUUCCAAACAUUUGAGUAGAGCAGGGAGAUCUGAUCCAAUGCUUGUGUGGGUGUUGUUGAGAUUAAUGAAAUGGCAUAUUCACUGGCCAGAUCUGCAGCAUAUGAUCAGAAUAAGUAGCUCUGCUGUUGGAUCGGAGGGCCCAACUGGCCUAGGUUCGAGUCUCACAAGAUGCUGGUACAAGUGUCUCCUAACAUGACUCGCAUCACCAUUUCUACUAACAAUGGUUUCUUUGACCUUAUGAAGUUUAAGGUCGCUGCACGCUAUCUGUCCUAUAGGACUUUAUUAUAUAUAGUGUUGUUUUUGGCAUUUCUGCUGCCAUUUUUGUUCAGUCUCACUGCUGUCAUCACUUUGGAGGAUGUUGAGAACUGCACUUCUCCUCUGGAUUGCUUGGGGAAGAGGUUGGGACCAAGGCUUUUGCGGAGGGCAGAUGCUUCACCUAAAAUGGCUGCAGAUGUGUUUGGUGUCCUCCUGCAAGCAAGCAGUAAAGCGCUUCCAAAAGGAAUGACCAUUCCAGAGUCAUUCAAUGAUCUUGUUGCUGAAAUGAGAACUCAACAUUACAAUGCCAAGACAUUUGCGAUAAAGCUGAAGGCCAUGGUGGAGCAUUUGGAAGAGAAAUCUCGAUCGGCAAAGCUACAGGAGAAUUUGUAUAAGCACAUUGCUUCAACCAGCAUUCCGAAAGGCAUGAGUUGUCUCUGUUUGAAGCUGGCAGAUGAGUAUUCCUCCAAGGCUCACGCUCGGAGACAGCUACCAUCCCCUGAACUGGUUAAUUUUCUUACGGACAAUUCAUAUUAUCACUUUGUUCUGCCAACUGAUAAUGUGCUUGCAGCAUCUGUAGUGGUGUCAUCAACUGUGAAAAAUUUUGCAAAGCCAGAAAUGGUAGUUUUUCAUCUUAUUACGGAUAAGAAAACAUAUGCAGCCAUGCAUGCGUGGUUCGCUUUUCAUCCUCUUUCUCCUGCCAUUAUUGAAGUGAAAAGUGUACAUCAAUUUGAAUGGUUGACCAAGAAGAAUGUAACUGCUUUGGAAGCUUUGGAAACACAUCAUAAUGUUCAAAGAUACUACCACGGGGAUCAUAUUAUUGAUACAAAUUUUAAUGAUUCGCCCAGAAUUAUGGCUUCAAAGCUAGAAUCACGCAGUCCAAAGUAUAUAUCCAUCCUCAACCAUCUACGCAUCUAUCUUCCAGAGCUUUUCCCGGAUCUUCACAAGGUUGUCUUCCUGGAUGAUGACAUUGUAAUCCAGCGUGAUUUGUCCCCACUGUGGGAUAUAGACCUUCAUGGAAAGGUCAAUGGAGCAGUUGAGACAUGCAGAGGUAAUGACCCCUGGGUUAUGUCAAAGAGGUUCAGAACAUAUUUCAAUUUUUCUCAUCCUCUUAUAGCAGAGAAAUUUGAUCCAGAGCAGUGUGCAUGGGCCUAUGGUAUGAACAUUUUUGACUUGCAAGCCUGGAGAAAGACAAACAUCAGAGAAACUUAUCAUUAUUGGCUUAAAGAAAAUCUAGAUUCCAAUUUAUCGCUAUGGCGUUUUGGAACAUUACCGCCUUCGCUGAUUGCAUUUUGUGGCCAUGUUCAUCCAAUUGAUCCUUCAUGGCAUAUGUUGGGACUGGGCUAUCAAUUCGAUACCAAAAUUGCAGAUGUGGAAAAAGCUGCUGUCAUACACUACAAUGGCCAGUCAAAACCAUGGCUGGACAUUGCGAUUCCUAAACUGAGGCCUUUCUGGACAAAAUAUGUGAAUUACUCUAGUGACUUCAUUAAAGAGUGUAACAUUAUGGACUACUAGAUUCUGCAGUUCAUUCAAUCAAUUCUUUCUUUUGCAUGGUAAGCAGGCCGCAACUGGUCUGAUGAGCAGAUGAAAUAUCGCCAAGCCUUUUAUUAGUCCUUUGACUUCUGCAUCCAUGAAAUUGGAGGAUGCAAUUCAAUCUAUUCAUUCAUAUUAUAUUGUUAUAGGAAUAGUGGGGUCUCAUUUUAUUGCAUUCAAUCAAAAUAAGAUGGGAUCUUAUUGUUCCGAGUUCCAUACGUUCCAGACUAUGUCCUAAUCAAUUCUUCAAUGAACCCCAAUCCGUUCAAUUGUUUUUAACCAAGGAUCUUUGUUGGAGGCAUGAGAAGUAACUUCACCUUCAUACAUAUAGCCACAUAUACAUUAUAUUUGACAACUUUUAUGUUAAAUGUAAAACAGCAUAAAUCAGAGCGAAUUACAUUUAUGGGCGAUAUUGAGUUAUUGCUUUGACUAAUACAUUGGAGAGGAAUUUGGUUAGCAUCCAUAUAACAAA